ACACGGUCAACGCGGAGCAAGAGGAGGCACAGCGGGUGUUUGAGCAGCAGCAGCAAGCACAACGUAGCCUCACUUCUAAUCAUUUUCCAUAUAACGUACCCCACGGACGAGUGGACCACUAGACGAGUGGACCACUUUUGCCAAGCCCCCACCAAACCACCCUUUCUACACUAAUGUCUCCUUAACAACACCAGUUAGACGCGUCAAAGGAAGCUCAGAUGCAGCUUGCGCUCCAGGCUAUUCAACAAGACACAACUCUAUCCCUGCAACGCGCUGCUGCUAUUUACAGGGUUCUAAAAUCUACACUACGCAGACGACGCGCAGGACAACCUUCACGCGCUGAUUCUAUGGCCAACUUACAGAAGCUGGACAGCAAUAAGGAGAGGGUGAUUGUGUAGUAGUCUGGCCAAAGGCCAAUAAAGGAUAUCUACUUCCUAACAACUUUUGCUAAAAAGCAUGCACAAGUUAACUAGACGUCUAGUUAACUGCGUAGAUAAUAUAUAUCUAGCUUAAGCCAAGCCGGCUAAGCUAAUGUAACCGGCUAGCUCUAGCUCUUCUUUAGCUUUAGAGUCUAGACCGUUACAGAUUGUUAAACAUGUUCUUGAGCUAGAUGCCUGAGGAUUUUCCCCUUGGCUCUCAGAUGUGGCUACUGUGGCUAAUUCUUUGCGCGCUGAGCACAAUCUAGGCCCUAUUGGCACAAACUGGCCCAGUAGGUUUGUUAAGCGGCACCUAGAGCUUAUAGUCAAG